ACUAACCUCACUUUCAUUUCAUAUCGUGGUGUGGUAAAAUCAAAACUAAUGGGAUUUCUUCAAUUUAAAAUAUAGAAGAAGAUAAAAUUUUGGGUAAACAUUUCAAGAAAAUAAUAUGGAAAGUGUUGCUGCUUAUAGAGAUUUGAUUCGGACAAUAGAUGACGAUGAAGAAGUGGAAGAUUUAUCAGAAAAUUCCGAUGUUGAAGUUGAGUUUCAGCCCUCCAAGCAAAGCACCAAAAAGAAAAACACCGACUUUGCUGAUGACUUCAAUUUUGCCAGUUCAAUAGAAGAAUACAAUAAAAAUCCAUGGGACGAUGUCCAAAAGUACAUAAAGAGAAAGGCAAAAUCAAAAACUGAUGAUAAAAUCAAAAAAAUUCGCAGCGAAGCCAAAGAACUAGAAGAUGAUAAUGAGGAUGAAGAAAAUGAAGAAACUCAAGACCAAUCGGAUUCUGAUAUCAGUUUAUCUGAUGAUGAAUUGAAACACGAUAAAAUAACAGCUAAAAUAAAAAAGAAAAGUAAGAAGACAAAAAAACAGGAAGCAGAUAAUGGCAUAAUAGAAAGUAACAUAGAAGAGAAUCUUGAGAUUUCAAAUUUUCAGCAAAUGAACUUAUCCCGGCCUCUUUUGAAAGCCAUUUCAGAUAUGAAAUUUGUACAUCCGACACCAAUUCAAGCUGCAACAAUUCCUGUUGCAUUAUUAGGUCGUGAUAUUUGUGGAUGUGCUGCCACAGGUACAGGAAAAACUGCUGCCUACAUGUUACCAACCCUGGAAAGGCUUUUGUAUCGUCCCACUCAAGUCAUGUCUUCUACAAGAAUUCUAGUUCUGGUACCUACCAGGGAACUUGGUGUACAAGUUUAUCAAGUUUCUAAACAGUUGUGUCAAUAUACUGAUAUACAAAUAGGUUUGGCUGUUGGUGGUCUUGACCUAAAAAUCCAAGAGAACAUCUUGAGAAAAAACCCUGAUAUAGUAAUAGCAACUCCAGGUCGUCUUAUAGACCAUCUGAAAAGUACUCCAACUUUUGGACUGGAAUCGAUUGAAGUGCUGAUUCUUGAUGAAGCCGAUCGUAUGUUGGACGAAUAUUUUGCAGAACAAAUGAAGGAAAUUGUAAAGCAAUGCUCCAGGAACCGACAAACAAUAUUAUUCUCUGCUACAAUGACUGACGAAGUUGAAAACUUAGCAGCAGUUUCUUUGGUGGAUCCUGUUAGGUUAUUUGUUGACAGUAACAGAGAUGUUGCCUUUAAUUUAAGGCAAGAAUUUAUCAGAAUAAGAAAUGAAGAAGACAGGGAAGCUUUACUUGGGGCCUUAGUAUGCAGAACAUUCCGCGACAGCUGCAUGAUUUUUGUUAAAACAAAAAAACAGGCCCACCAUAUUCAUAUUUUAUUGGGACUUUUAGGACUUAAAGUAGCAGAAUUGCAUGGAAAUCUAACCCAACCUCAACGUUUAGAGGCCCUAGACAAGUUUAAAGACAAAUCAGUGGAUAUUUUAGUAGCUACUGAUGUAGCUGCUAGAGGUUUAGAUAUUCCUGGUGUUAAAACUGUUAUUAAUUUUGUGAUGCCUUCUGUAUUGGAACAUUACAUUCACAGGGUAGGAAGAACUGCAAGAGCAGGUCGUGCUGGUGUUUCAGUAAGUUUAGCUGGUGAACAAGAACGAAAAAUGGUUAAAGACAUAAUAAAACGUGCCAGAUAUCCUGUAAAAAAUCGUGUAAUACCUCCAGAUAUUAUUGAAAAGUACAAACUAAAAAUCAAAAAAUUGGAACCGCAAAUUGCACAAAUCUUAAGUGAAGAAGAAGAGGAAAGGCAAUUGAGUAAAGCUGAAAAUCAGGCAAACAAAAUGCAGAAGAUGCUUUCUGGUGAAAAAGAUGUGGUACGUCCCUGGUUCCAAUCAAAACAAGAAAGAAAGAAGGAACAAGAAAAGCUAAAACAGAAAAACAAAAUUGUUAAAGCCAAAUCUGGCAAGGGCAAGGACAAAAAAUUGGGCAAAGGAGCCAAAGACAAUGAUCCGGAAAAUGCCGAACUAACAAAAAUUGCUGCUGCCCAAGCUAGAUCUUUGAAGAAAAAACUAAGGCAAAAGAAAAUAGCGGCUGUGAGCGACGAUUCAUUUAGUACUAAUAAAGGUGGCAAUACUAAAAAGAGGAAAUCACAUUUUGGAGAUUUGGUUAAUACUAAAAAUGCCAAAAAGCUGAGGUAUCAGCCAAAAUUUGAGCAAAAGAAACAGGGUGGGAAGUUUGGUGGAAAGCCAGGAAAGAAAAAUAAAAGAUGAUUGAAUCAAGUGAAUUUUUUGAAAUAAAAUAUUUUCCAAAACUUAAUAGCUUUUCAAUGAACCCAAAAUAAAGUUUAAUAAUUUCUGGACAAAAGGAAAAAUGAAUCCCCCUUUCUUAGUUGUUUAGGUACAGAAGCACAAAGUUCUUUAAUAGAAAUUUUAUUUUAUAACUUUAAAUAUACUUUUUCCAAUUUAAUUUAACCAAUAAAGUUCAUUACAACUAAAUGCAGGAUUGCAUGUGCAAAAAUAAAGUCUGCGAAUCCUCUUUCCGGGCUGAUUCCAUGGAAUUGGUUCUUGUUUUCUGGGUUGACUUGUAGUCUUAGGCAUA